AUGUCACACCAGUCUGAUAGCCACGAGGUGACACAUCUAACUUCUGAUGACCAGAACGCUUCGAAUGUCGAACAUCCCUUACAAAGCGAGGGGAGAGACGAAGCUGCACAAGGGUCAUUGCCGGUUUCCAGAGAAUCAGCGGACGACCAAGAUGCCGAUAGAGAGACCGAGCCACAACCGUUAGACUCCUGGGCAUGGAUGUAUGACGUCGAUUCAGAAGAAUGUUUCAUGGAAUAUGAUGCUGAAGCAGCAGCCAAAUCAUCUGAUUUUGGAAAUGAUGGCUACACCGCCUCGCUCACCAAUUGGCAUGAACUACUACAGCUGACUGCCCCAGAGCCAAAAUGUGGUUUGAUCUACAUACGUGGAGAUUUCCCUGAUACUUCAGAUGCUAUACUAGCUAGAGUUCAAAAUCAGGAUUUAGCUGGUGGAAAGGGCACCUUUGGUAUUCAAUUAUUGCAUGGCCCAGGUGAUGAGUUUCAACUUGGGGAAGUUGCUGCCAAUGGUUUUAUCAAUUAUCGAUGGCCUUACACACAGUAUUGGUUAUAUAGCGAGACAUUCAACCCUGGAACUUUCGAAACAUGCUCUUUUGUCGAUAAUAAGAUUGUUUACCAAAUUGCACGCGUGCGACUGGGAAGAAAGAAGAGCACCGGAAGGCCUGCUGCCAAUGCUGAUGCAACAGCAGUACCGAAACUUACUGCUCGCUUCAGAAUUGGAGGGAGGAUCCGUUUUGGUUGCCUUUGCACUAACGCUCUAGGAUCGGUACCGAAAUAUUGUUACAACGUUCAGCGUGAAGAAGAUGACAAGACUCUGAGAUGCCAAGUCUCAGGAGAAUUUACCUGCGAGACGCAACAACGUUGUCAAUACCAUUUGAGCAUGCGACUUUAUAUUGAUGGUCAGAGUACAGUCAUAAAAUGGAACGCCAAUGCCAAAUCUUACAGGAGUGCCGAUACCAAUAAUGAUGGAGUGCCGGCAAAUAGACAGGAUCCCGGGACUGGCAAUCUCUCCCCAUCUGAAUGGGUUGACAUUUCUGCUGAGCAUGAUAUUGAACUAGAGGCAAAUAAAGAACGGGUCCUGAUUUUUGCCCUUGCUCUUGAUAGCGGAGCAGCUCCUAGAAUUCCAGAGGGCCCGCCGUCUUCAGAGAAUAUUAAGGGGAUACUUGGGGUCACUGAUGCUUAUGCUAAUCGCACAAGCCGAAUGUGGUUGGCUAGAGGACAAAAGGAGCACGAGCAAGUCGAUGUGGCUGAUACGCAUGCCAUCGCCCGAUGUGUUGAGUAUAUAUGCUCUGUCACAGCUAUGCCUAUUCGAUGUGAGAAUCAUGAGCCGCCGGCAAGCAGCCGACAGGGAUCCACCCAUACAGGACGUGAGCCUCUUUCAGGGUCUAAAACCGGCAAAUCCAAAGAGCUCCCUAUUGGAAAGUCAACACCACCACCAGCAGAGCUUCCAGCGUACCAGUCACCUGUUUCUCCUGAUUGUGAACCUCCGAAGAGUGAUUUAGAAUCCGUGAGAAUUCUUACAACUAGUCUCUUGAGCCAAGAUAGCAGGACCGGUCAAUGCAUCUCGCCUCAGCAGUCUAGUGCACACCAAUUAGAAGAUGGACAAAAUUCGCCACUGCAUGUUCCACUUCCAGCUUCAAUAAAGUCUACUUCAAGCCUGAACGAUGUUCUGCUUGGCGGAGACGAGCCUCGCGAUGCUGAAGAUAUCAACUUAGGUUUAGAAAAGGAUGGUUCCGACGAGCUCCAGGCCAUUACACUUAUUCGGAAUAUGAUGUUCGAUUUCUCGGUGAAUCUUGAAAGCACCUUUUGGCAACUUCGUUUGCUAAUUAAAGCAGACAAAUUCCUGAGCCAGCGAUAUAAGGAAAACGUCUCGACGGAGAAUGUAGGAGUAAACGAGGAACAAGAGGAUGGUGCUGAUGAACGAAGUAUAGCCACAUACCAGAAGUAUAGAUCAAGGUUACAGACCGUCAUCAAGGGAGUCCUAGUAUGGAUGGCAAAAAUCCCGUGGGGAACUCGACCCUCAAUGAGACAUAGUAGGUAUUCGGAUAAAGAAGACCCGUACAGCAGUAUCCGCCCCAUUUCACAUCAUUACGAUCAGCUCUUCAGAGUCUAUCCACCGCUUUGGCUACUAACUACUCCCCCUCCUGAUCGGCCUCCCUGGGCCUCGCAUUGGCAAGCUGCCUGCUUUGUUUCAAUUACCAUUUGGUAUGUUUUGAACAACUGCCCUGAAAUUACCGAAAAAAUUCUAGCUAUCUCUUCGCUAUGGGAGAAUAUUACGGAUCUCCCAGUAGGAGAGUUACAACCUGAAGCGGAACCAAAAUCAGCACUACUCCAGUGGUACCACGCGACUUGUGUCUACAAUUUAAGCAAAAUGCUUCCGCGCAAAUCAUCCUCAGGCCAUGAUGGGAUGAGCGCAUACAUCAAGAACCUUGAGCAGAUGUGUCUUCGACUUACACGACCAGCCAAGAAACCAACUAUCGAUCUAUACACAAUUAAGGAUGAGCAGCUCGACCGUCUUCUCCUUAUUUGUAACGAAGUGAUCCAGGAGCCUACAUUUGCAAACACCAGGUUUGACUGCAUGACCAAUGUUCGCGCCAAAAUUGAACGUCGUACCCCUACCACAAUCAUCAACCCAGGGUUUACAGGACGAAAAUCGAACUUGUCUGAAGAGCCACCGUGGGAGCUCUCUUGUUUGAACCAUCAUACCGCUUUCAGGAUAGCCCUGGAGUUUGUCGACUUCACGGAAGUCGAUGACUUUAAGCAAGCGUGUUAUGACUUCCGAUCAACAGAAUUUACCUUCCAUCCGACAUGGGAUAGAAGCCAAAAACAUAUGUCAAGGCAAUGGUGGGAUGUUGACGCCUCCGCCAUUGUUUGUGCUACCCUUAUUCAUCCUCAUAUCCAAAAAGCUAACAAGCAAAGAGAUAUGCAAGCUUCCACGAAACCGGUCACGGUAAAUCUAUCAACACAAAGUAAUAUCGCACCAUUCGAUUGGAGAAAGAACGUGACCCCCAAAGUUUUCGGAGAUGAUUGGGUUCAAUCACUCGAAGACACCCCGGACAGAUUUCGAAGCUCACAGACUAAGGACACCAAUCUUCGACAUGGGCUACGCACAUAUCUAGAGGGCGCUGGAAGCUCCAACAACUCUAACAAAAAGCAUCCGGAUUACUCUCGUGAAAGUAUUGAUCAAUUGGUUCCCGCGGACGACUUAUUAUACUUGAGUCUCUUCGAUCUUGGCUUGGACAAGGUUGGAGACCUUGACCUCGAAUACUCUUGGAGGCGCUCUUAUUUGGACGAGUUCAAAGAAAAAUUCUUCAGCGAUAUCGAUCAAAUCCAGGAUCCUGCCGGUAUAAUCGCCGAAAGGCUGUGGGUUUGGGUACUGGAUGGCUCUCCCUGGGAAAGCUUUCGCAAUCCUAAAGAUGUGAAAGAGGAACUGAAGACCAAGUUGAAGCUGCGAACUUUCAGACAGGAUCUAUUCAAGGCCCAUCAGCAUGAAGGCUUACGACGGCUUAGCGAUAGUAUGGUUGAUCUUGGAGUCAAGCACCGAAUACUAUUAGCACAGCGCUUGUGCCCUUCAAUAGUCCAGGCGAUCAUCUACAUGUGGCACCCCACGGCCAUAGACACCUUUGAUAGCUACUUCGGCUCACUAAGCACUUUUAGUAAUGUACGAGAAGAUGAAUCCUGGAUAACUACAAUUACCCUGGUCUACUGGGCAUUUGUGCCUCGAUCGGAUGUGCUCGAGCCUAACCCGCCGUCACGUCCGGAGAAUAGAUACACGGAACCUCGACAGCGUGGCAAAUUCCCGCCUUCGAACAUGCUGCAGCAAUUUCAGAAUGAGAGGGACAUGAGAGGUGAUGAAAAUAUUCAAAACACCAUAGAAGAGAGGUCGUCCUCUCUCGUUAUAACAGGUGACCCUCAGGGAUUUUUGUGGACAUGCUCUGUAUGGUCGUCUUUGAUCGAGGAUUCAGACCUGAACGUGUCUACCAUGGUCCAGGAUUUGCAGCUAUUCAAGCACCAGCAAUCAACUGGUAGAAGCCUUGCUUUUCUUUCGAUACUAGGUACUAUGUGUGAGAAGCUUUCGGCCGAGCUUGACUUGACAUUGAAGGGGUGUGAUGAAUAUGUAAAGCUUGGUCAAAAAGUUUUCCUUGAGGGUUAUGACUGGGAGGCCGAUAAUGCAGUGGACAGGCUGAGAAGCAUGCUCUGGGGACUCGAAGCACUCAAAAUGUUCGACGAUAGACUCGAUGAUUCUUUGAAAAGCAUCGACAAAGCACGUGAAACGCUUGUACAUCAGAUGGACAACGAGCGUGGGGAACGCCACGGCGAGCUGAAGAGAACUUAUAAAGACGCGUUAGAAAAGUUUGGAAAACAGCGUGACUUUCUGUUCGCUGUCCACGCCAAAAUUGAUCUCAAGAUCAAGCAAGUGACUGGCUUACGUGACGGGCUCUCAACCGUCACCAGUGUUGCGGAUAGCCGCACUGCCGUCAAACAGGGAAACAACAUCCGAAUACUGACAUAUAUCACCAUUGCAUAUCUCCCUCUGAGCUUUGUUGCGUCCAUCUUCUCAAUGGGUCACAACAUCGUGCCCGACGAGGCAGGCACUACCCUCUUCGCCAUCCUCAUCGUGGUCGCCGUCCUGACAACAUACUGCCUCGCAUCGAGCCUAGAGAGAGUCAUCAAGUUGCAAGAUAUUCUAAAGAACCGCUGGGAAGGGGGGUAUGACCUCGUGAAACGAUGGAAGGUGCAACAGCCGAAAGGACCCCAGACCUCGACGAAGCCGAUGCAUCGGAACGGAAACCCAGAGGAAGGAGGUGAGAUUAAAAACGUCAAUAACGCAAACAGCAGCUCCGUUCAUUCUGGGGAAAACACACCACCAAAACACCGGUUGUUUCGAGGAUUCAGAUGGCGCGCACGCUCUGGAAGUGGUAUCGCUCAACUCAGACACCUUGGGAAGUCCGAGAUUGUGUAA